ACUGUCAACAACAAGGUGGAUAUACUAUUUAUUUUUUUAAAUAAAAAUCAUAAUAUAAUCUUGUGUUUUUUCAUAAAAAAAGAUGCUUAAAUUAUAGGUAUAAAGUGUUGUUUAAGAUUCCAUACCCGACGUUUUAAGUUCAGUGCCUAGGAGCUUCGACCAACGUUCUUGUAGCCACGUACCAAAUUCUUAUAGCGAGAAAUAAACCAAGAAUCCAAAGUAAAAUGGACAAUGGUUACUACACAACCACAAUCAAAUUAGAAGAAGAUAGUCAGUCGAUAGAGCAGCUUACCAUUGCUUCUGAUAAAAGGACAAAUCUAAAUAAUACUGAAAAAUCAUACAAGUGUAGUCCGAUGACCAACAUAGAACCUCAAAAAACAAUCGGCGGAGAUGCGUACAAUGUCGGAGAAACGUCCAACGGUACAGUUGUUAAAGUUGAAGUAGACUUUGAAAAUGGACAUUGUUUGGAGUCCGUAAUUGAAUUUGAAAAAUAUAAUGUUUUCGAUGUUCAAAGGACAAGCCAAGAUAACCAUUUAGAACAAAUGCGUACAUUUGUCUGCGAUGUAUGUAAUAUGACGUUUGGUACCAAAAGAAGAGUGGCCAGCCAUAUAACUCAAUCGCAUAGUGUACACUCAACGGCACGAAAUGUCAAUAGCAAACAGGUUGCCCAAAAUAAAUUCAGUCACAAUGGUACGAGUUUUAAAUCGACCAAAAAAAUGAAUAGUUGUCAUUUUGAAUCACGGAUCGGAACAAUUAACAAACGUCAAAUAGCAACAAAGACUGGCAGUGAAGUUUUAAAAGAACGGCGGUUAUUCCACUGCGAAUUUUGUCAAAAAUCGUAUAACACAGAAAAGCAAAAAACUCUACAUAUGAUAAAAUUCCACAAAGGUUCAACUAACAAUCAUUCACUCCGAAAAUCUACCACAACCCGGGCUACAAUAAACAAACGCAAGCACAUCGGUGAAAAGCACUUCAAAUGUAAUGUAUGCCUGAAGUCUUUUUCUCAAAAAUCUGGCCUCACAAACCACAUACGUGUGCACUCCGGCAAAAAGUCCUUCCCGUGUGGUCUAUGCCUUAAAUCGUUUUCCAAAAAAGCCAACCUCACAAAACACGAACGCGUACAUACUGGAGAAAAACCCUACAAAUGUGAUGUAUGUUUAAAGUCGUUUCCCCAAAAAAACGACCUCACAAAACACGAACGCGUGCACACUGGCGAAAAGCCCUAUAAAUGUGUGGUUUGCCUAAGGUCAUUUUCUCGUAAAUCCAUCCUGACAAAUCACAAACGCGUACACACUCGAGAAAAGCCCUUUAAAUGCGAUGUCUGUGCAAAAACAUUUAGUCAAAAAAAUAAUCUCGAGACACAUGCACGUAUACAUACCGGCGAGAAACCUUAUAGAUGCGAUAUCUGUGAAAAAUGUUUUAACACACAAUAUUACCUCAACAAUCAUAAAUAUAUACAUACCGGAGAGAAACCUUUUCGAUGCAAUGUCUGUGAAAAAACAUUUGUUGAUCAGCGUUCCCUAAUAACUCAUGGAAGGAUACAUACCGGUGAGAAACCUUUUAAAUGCGAAGUGUGUGCGAAAACAUUCAGUGUUCAUUCUAAUCUCAAAAACCAUGAAAGGAUACAUACCGGAGAGAAACCGUUUAAGUGCGAUGUGUGUGAAAAAAAAUUCAGUCAACAAUCUAGUCUCAAACUUCAUGAAAGGAUGCAUACCGGGGAGAAACCUUAUAAAUGCAAUGUCUGUGAUAAAACAUUUGGUCGACAGUUUUCCCUCAAACUUCAUGAAAGGAUACAUACCGGAGAGAAACCCUUUAAAUGCAAUUUCUGUGAAAAAACAUUUAGUCAACAAAGUCACAUCAAAGUUCAUGAAAGGGUGCAUACCGGAGAGAAACCCUACAAAUGUGAUGUAUGUUUAAAGUCGUUUCUCCAAAAAAACGACCUCACAAAACACGAACGCGUGCACACUGGCGAAAAGCCCUAUAAAUGUGUGGUUUGCCUAAGGUCAUUUUCUCGUAAAUCCAUCCUGACAAAUCACAAACGCGUACACACUCGAGAAAAGCCCUUUAAAUGCGAUGUCUGUGCAAAAACAUUUAGUCUAAAAAAUAAUCUCGAGACACAUGCACGUAUACAUACCGGCGAGAAACCUUAUAGAUGCGAUAUCUGUGAAAAAUGUUUUAACACACAAUAUCACCUCAACAAUCAUAAAUAUAUACAUACCGGAGAGAAACCUUUUCGAUGCAAUGUCUGUGAAAAAACAUUUGUUGAUCAGCGUUCCCUAAAAACUCAUGGAAGGAUACAUACCGGUGAGAAACCUUUUAAAUGCGCAGUGUGUGCGAAAACAUUCAGUGUUCAUUGUAAUCUCAAAAACCAUGAAAGGAUACAUACCGGAGAGAAACCGUUUAAGUGCGAUGUGUGUGAAAAAAAAUUCAGUCAACAAUCUAGUCUCAAACUUCACGAAAGGAUGCAUACUGGGGAGAAACCUUAUAAAUGCAAUGUCUGUGAUAAAACAUUUGGUCGACAGUUUUCCCUCAAACUUCAUGAAAGGAUACAUACCGGAGAGAAACCCUUUAAAUGCAAUUUCUGUGAAAAAACAUUUAGUCAACAAAGUCACAUCAAAGUUCAUGAAAGGGUGCAUACCGGAGAGAAACCCUUUAAAUGCAAUGUCUGUGAAAAAACUUUCAGCCUACAACAAAAUCUUAAAAUUCAUGAAAGGAUACAUACCGGCGAGAAACCUUUUAGAUGCGAUAUCUGUGAAAAAACAUUCAGACAAGAAUCUUCCUUCAAAACUCAUAAACGCAUGCAUAUUGGUAGGGUACAAUAUAAAUGCCCAGUUUGUGAGAAAUCAUAUAGUCGCCAGAAUACUCUCAAAAUACAUCAAGCAAAAGCACAUGAAGGGCAAAGGUGAAGAAAAGUUUUCAAACAGUCUUAACGUACCUGUUCGUUUUAUAAACAUGGUGAAGUAUUUGAAACAUCGAUCAACAGUUGUUUAACAAGUACAAAUUUAGUGUCGACCAAUUAAUGGAGCUCGUCGGUCUGAGUUGUGCCUAAAAAACAUGUG